AUGGGGCCGGCCGGCAGAGCCAUGGGGACGCUGGGGGUCUGGAGAGGGGCUCGGCUCUUCUCUCUCUGCAGGAUAGCGCUGCUCUUUCUCUCCAUCUGUGAGCUGGAUGCACAAACCGCAGUGGAAACUAAACCUCUGUACAUCUGGCAGACAGGUCCGUGGGGUCGAUGUAUGGGUAGCGAGUGCGGCCCCGGUGGGAGUCAGAGUCGGGCGGUGUGGUGUGCCCACUCUGAAGGCUGGACCACACUACACACAAACUGCGACCAAUCAGAGCGGCCGGACAACCAGCAGAGCUGCUUCCGGGUGUGCGACUGGCACAAAGACCUGUACGACUGGCAGCUUGGCGCCUGGAACCAGUGCGUCCCCAUCUCCAUGCGGAGCGUGGGGGUGCAGCGCCCGGCUGUGUGCACCAGGGGAGAGGAGGGCAUCCAAACCAGGGAGGUGGGCUGCGUCCAGAAAGCAAAUGGAGAGCCAGCUGAGGAUGCCAUCUGUGAAUACUUUGAGCCUAAACCUCGUCUGGAGCAGGCGUGUCUGAUCCCCUGUCCCCGGGACUGUGUAGUUUCUGAGUUCAGCCUGUGGACUCCAUGUUCAAAAACAUGCGGGAUGGGCUUACAAAACCGGAUACGUCAUGUUCUAGCCCCACCGCUCUUUGGCGGGGCAGCCUGCCCAAACCUGACAGAGUUUCAGACAUGCCAGCCAGGGCCCUGUGUGGGUGAAGAGAGCCUCUACAGCUUAAGGGUGGGUCCCUGGGGGCUGUGUUCCGUCCCUCUGCCAAGGCAAGCCAGACAAGCUGACGAACCAUCCGGAGAAAGUGAAACCCAGUCCAAAGAAGGAGACAAAAAAUCCACAGAGGGGCGAGGCGAGGAUGACAAAGCAUCCAAACGAGAGGAAAAACAGAGCAGAGACAGUGACAAGCAGCAAAAAGAAGAAAGGAAGAGAAAAAAGGAGGCUAAAAAGCUCGCCAAAGAGGGAGACAAGGCAUCCAGAGCCAGUAGAAAACUAGCUAAGGCUAAUGGGAAACCAGACAGACCGAACAGACAGGCAGACCGGCCCAAACGACAGAAAAAGGCCAAAAACAAAGAGAAAAGAGAGAAAAUGAGAGAGAAAGCUCGAGAGAGGUUAAGAGAAAAGGGAAAAGUGAAAGAUCCUGAAACCAGAGAGCUCAUCAAGAAGAAGAGGAACAGGAACCGUCAGAACCGGCCGGGAGGAAAAUUCUGGGAGAUACAGGUCGGCUACCAGACCAGAGAGGUGACCUGUGUGCACAAGAGUGGCACGGUCGAGGCUUUAAGUUUUUGCUCCCAGGAGACACUUCCUGUGACCUUCCAGGCCUGCGUCAUGACCAAAGACUGUGAUGUGACUGAGUGGUCCGAGUGGUCUGUUUGCUCUAAGGAGUGCUAUGACGCCAACGGGCCCAAGGGGGAACGUACUCGCACCAGAAAAGUGAGCCAGUUCCCCAUCGGUGGAGGAGCAGAAUGCCCGGAGCUGGAGGAGAAGGAGGCGUGCAGCCCGCAGGGAGACGGCGUGCUGCCAUGUAUUGUUUACAGCUGGAAGACCACUGAGUGGACUGAGUGCCGGGUGGACGUGCUGCUGAGCCAGCAGGACCGACGCCGUGGAAACCAGACUGGGUUAUGUGGAGGCGGGAUUCAAACCCGGGAUGUGUACUGUGUCCAGACAAGUGUUGAAACACCUGCAGCUAACCAGCAGCUGGGCUCACUCCGGAGCAAAGAAGCAUUACGACCAGUGGACAGCUCCCUGUGCCUUGGUGUCCCACCCAACACCACCCAGCUCUGCCACAUCAGCUGUCCUGUAGAGUGUGAGGUUUCGUCAUGGAGUGCCUGGGGACCCUGCACAUAUGAAAACUGCCAGGAUCAGGCAUCCAAAAAAGGCUUCAAACUGAGGAAGAGGAAGAUUGUGAAUGAGCCCACAGGAGGGACGGGGAACUGCCCCCACCUGGUGGAGGCAAUCCCGUGUGAAGACCCCAGCUGCUUCGACUGGCUGGUGGUCAAACUGGAGGAGUGCAUCCCUGAUAAUGAGAAGGAGUGUGGACCAGGAACGCAGAUCCCUCAAGUGCAGUGUGUCAACAGUGAUGGUGAGUACGUGGAGAGGCAGCUCUGCCGUGAUGCCAUCUUACCCAUGCCAGUCAUCUGUGAGGUGCCUUGCCCAAAGGACUGUGCCCUUAGCCCCUGGACCCCCUGGUCUCUGUGCUCCCACACAUGCUCUGGGAAAAACACUGAAGGAAAGCAGACCAGAGCUCGCUCCAUCCUUGCCUACAACGCAGGAGAAGGUGGGACCCAGUGUCCAAACAUCAGCGCCCUGCAGGAGGUGAGGAACUGUAACGACCACCCAUGCACCGUGUACCACUGGCAGACGGGUGCGUGGGGCCAGUGCAUCGAGGACUCGUCUAUCCCUGUCACCAACACGUCUGUAGGCCGGACACGAGGCGACGACACGUCCUGCUCAGUUGGAAUGCAAACCCGGAAGGUCAUCUGUGUCCGGGUCAACGUGGGCCAGGUUCCACCAAAGAAGUGUCCGGAGAGUCUGCGCCCUGACACCGUCAGGCCCUGCCUACUGCCGUGCAAGAGGGACUGUAUCGUCACCCCGUACAGCGACUGGAGCCAGUGCCCAUCAACAUGCCGAGCAGGUGGUAACAUCAAGAAGAAGCAGUACAGGAAACGGAUCGUCAUCCAGUCACCAGCCAAUGGGGGACAAGAUUGCCCUGACGUUCUGACCCAGGAGAGAGAUUGUGAGGCUCCUUCUGUCUGCCAAGGAUACAGAUGGAAAACUCAUAAGUGGCGUCGAUGCCAGCUGGUUCCAUGGUCUGUUCGUCAGGAUAGUCCAGGAGCUCAGGAGACCUGUGGACCUGGUUUACAGAUCCGGGCUGUCUCAUGCCGGAAGCAGGAUGGUGGGCAGGCAGACAUUGAAACUUGUCUUAAGUUUGCCAGCUCCAUGCCGCCUCUCACACAGCCAUGCCAGCUACCCUGCCAGGAAGACUGUCAACUCAGCAGCUGGUCCAAGUUUUCUCCGUGCUCAGCUGAUUGCGUGGGCGUCAGGACGCGCAAGAGAAUGCUCAUAGGUAAAAGUAAAAAGCGUGACCAGUGCAAAAACAGCCAGAUGUAUCCUUUGAGUGAGACCCAGUAUUGUCCAUGCAACAAAUACAAUGCCCAGCCCGUGGGGAACUGGUCAGACUGUGUCCUACCUGAGGGCGGACGAGUGGAGGGUCAACUCAGCAUGAAGGUCCAAGGUGACAUCAAGGAGUGUGGCCAGGGUUACCGCUACCAGGCCAUGGUGUGCUACGACCAGGACAACCGCAUUGUGGAGACGUCUCGAUGCAACAGCCAUGGAUACAUUGAGGAGGCUUGCAUCAUCCCGUGCCCGUCUGACUGUAAAUUGAGCGAGUGGUCCAACUGGUCACGCUGCAGCAAGUCGUGUGGUAGCGGGGUCAAAGUUCGCUCUAAGUGGCUUAGGGAGAAACCUUACAACGGAGGCAGACCUUGUCCUAAACUCGACCACGUCAACCAGGCUCAAGUGUAUGAGGUGGUGCCUUGCCUCAGUGACUGUGGGCAGUACGUCUGGGUGGCCGAGCCAUGGAGUGUGUGGAAGGUCAGCAACGUGGACCUGAAGGACAACUGUGGUGAAGGAGUUCAGACAAGGAAAGUCAGAUGUAUGCUGAACACUAUUGACGGGCCGUCAGAGCAGGUGGAGGACUACCUGUGUGACCCUGAGGAGAUGCCUUUAGGAGCCAGAAACAGCAGGCUGCCCUGUCCUGAGGACUGUGUGUUAUCAGACUGGGGGGCCUGGAGUCCUUGUCCACUGCCGUGCAGCGAGAACAGCACGCGGGUGAGGAGUGCCUACCCGCUCCGACAGCCUGGAGAGGAGAAGGAAUGUCCUCCAACCAAAGAGACGGAGCCGUGCAAACUCAACAGCAACUGUUUCCACUACUCCUACAACAUCACUGAUUGGAGCACAUGCCAACUCAGCGACCGGGCGGUUUGUGGAGUCGGCAUCAAAACUCGGAUGUUGGACUGUGUGCGCAGCGAUGGCAAAUCUGUCGACCUCAAGCUCUGCAAAGAGCUGGGCCUGGAGAGGAAGUGGCAGAUGAACGCUUCCUGUGUGGUGGAGUGUCCCGUCAACUGCCAGCUCUCUGAUUGGUCAUCAUGGUCCGAAUGCACCCACACCUGUGGACUAGCAGGCAAGCUGUGGAGGAGGCGGACAGUGAUUCAGGCUCCCCAGGGUGACGGGAGGCCGUGCCCAUCCCAGAUGGAGCAGUGGAAGCCGUGCCUGGUGAAGCCCUGUUACAGCUGGAAAUACAGCGCCUGGUCCGAGUGCAAGUCUGAGGGUGCGAGGUGUGGGGAAGGCCUACGCUUCAGAAACAUAUCGUGCUUCGUCUCGGAUGGUUCAGGUCAGCAAGACAGCAGCCUGGUGGAUGACGAGCUGUGUGGAGAUCUGGAGCCCACAGUGGACGGAGACCCUCAGAUCAUCCUGCAGGAGGAAUGUACUGUUCCCUGUCCAGGAGAGUGCUACCUCACAGACUGGACCGUGUGGAGUCCGUGUCAGCUGAGCUGUGUUAGCGGGGACGACCUGGGUUUUGGAUCAGUCCAGGUCCGAUCACGAGCUGUGGUGGCUCAGGACCCUGAGAACCUGCUGCAGUGUCCAGAACAGGAGCUGGAGGCUCGGCCAUGUACAGACGGUCAGUGUUUUGAGUACAAGUGGAGGACUGGACCAUGGAAGGGGUCGUCUCGACUUGUCUGGUGUCAGCGAUCUGAUGGACUAAAUACCACGGGUGGAUGCCCGGCAACAGCCAAACCGAUGUCUGACAGAUCAUGUGACCCGCCCUGCACCAAACCACGCUCUCUGUGCACGGAGGCGGGCGUGUGCGGCUGUGAGGAGGGUUACACUGAAGUCAUGACGUCUGACGGCCUGUUGGAUCAGUGCACAGUCAUCCCCGUGCUGGAGAUCCCCACAGCAGGAGACAACAAGGCUGACGUCAAAACCAUCCGAGCCUUUAACCCAUCCAUGCCUGAAGCCAGCACGCCAGGAAGGGCGGGACGCACCUGGUUCCUUCAGCCUUUCGGUCCAGAUGGGAAGCUGAAGACUUGGGUGUACGGUGUUGCAGCAGGAGCCUUCGUUCUGCUUGUCUUUAUAAUCUCCAUGACGUACUUAGCAUGCAAAAAGCCAAAGAGGCCGCAACGCCGACAGAUGAACAACAGACUGAAGCCACUGACUCUGGCUUACGACGGAGACGCCGACAUGUAGACGUCUUCCCACUGACCACGUUGACCUACAGACUUUCGUCCUCCUGCAGGACACUCUGGGUUUCCUUUGAAACCUCCUGAUGUCAGGGCUGCCUCUGGGCAUUGUUCAACUUCAAGGUUCGACACGCUGACGAGACGAUUCUGCCAGGAAGAGAAACCUCAACUCACUGAAUCCAUGUCCAUUCGCAGCCUUGAUGUUCCCGUCCUUUUUUUUAUUUUAUAUUUUGAUACUUUUUUUGUUUCACAAGAGCCUUCAUGAAUUCUUUGUCUUCUUCUGGAAGUCUGCCUUUGCUUCUUUGCCAUCUUAUACUGCCGCUAACAUCCCAACCACGGGCGUGGGGAGGGUCACAAAGAUUUUGCUCUGAAAGCACAAAUCUUCAUCGAUGUUUUUGUUGUUUUUUUAUCGUUACUAAA